CGGUAUUCUGUUAUCUCUGAGUCCGGGUUUCACAUGCGCCUUUGGUAGAAAGAGGCGCAAUUCGUGCUGAGAUUGCGAGAUUGCUCCAGGUCAAAACUCAGUCGUUUUUGUGUAGAGCAGGAAAACAGAGUGCGUUUAAUUCAAUGACAACGGUGGAUGCCUGAUUUAUGCAAAUAGUGGUGUCGAGAGUGCUAUGUGAAUAACAUUUGAAUUAACACGGGGCAAAUACCAGAUACUUGCUGAUAGCUUUAACUUUUGUGUUUCGAUGCCCUCUGAAGGCAAGAACGGCAAGAGUCGACGCAUACAGAUGCAUUUUUUUAUCUUGAAGUCAUUCUUUAAAAUCGUGUAACCUUUUUUAUAGUAUAAGGCUAAGAAAGGUGGUUUUUUUACUUCAACUUGAGCUUUGUUUCGGGUUUUGACGUUUUGCGAAAGUCACGAAUAUGAAGACGGACGUUGUAAGAAAGAGCACUACUGCUACCCAUCCGCUUUUUUGUGAGACCACAUUGUUACAAUGAAGAUGGGCACUGGAGAACAGAGGUGGCUAAGCCCAGGUGGUUGAGUUGGCACUAAGCACAGGGAGCAUGCAUUUGUCCCCUGUUGGCCUUAGCAAACACUGCUUCCUAGUCUCAUUGGCCCUCUGUGCCCUGUUGCUGCUACUGAUACCCACUCUACAAGCGCCCCAGCGCCAAGGGGAGCCCCCCCAACCUCGGCCCCAUGCCAGGCUUGCCAAGCCACGGAGUGGGCAUGAGCCCCAUCGUACCCACAACGCCACUGUGCACCAAAGUGCUGGUAACGGCAAGGACUCAGACGUCAACCAACUGCCCCUUCCUCGGGGCAGACGUCAGGGGUCUUGGAGAGUGCCAAAAAGGGAUUCAACACGUGCCAGCUUCCCUGGUUCUCAAUCCAGAGAACCUCUGGAGCAAAAAGACAUUUUUAUUGCCGUCAAGACCACUAGGAAGUAUCACAUAUCGCGGCUGCAGCUGCUUUUCCAGACCUGGGUGUCAAAAGCUAAGGAACAGACAUUUAUCUUCACGGAUGGAGAGGAUAAGGAGUUGAAGCAGAAAUCUGGAGGCAACAUCAUCAACACUAACUGUUCAGCUUCACAUACACGUCAGGCCCUCUGCUGCAAGAUGUCUGUGGAAUACGACAAGUUUAUUGAAUCACAAAAGAAAUGGUUCUGUCAUGUGGAUGACGAUAAUUACGUGAUCCUUCCCAGUCUGCUGCGGCUGCUCUCCUCCUACUCCCACACGCAGGAUGUGUAUUUGGGCCGGCCCAGCCUCGACCACCCUAUAGAGGCAGCUGAGAGGGUCAAAAGCGAUGGAUCAAUGUCUGUGAAGUUCUGGUUUGCCACUGGAGGGGCUGGCUUCUGUAUCAGUCGAGGCCUGGCACUAAAGAUGAGUCCAUGGGCGAGUCUGGGGAACUUCAUCACCACAGCGGAGAAGAUCCGCCUCCCAGAUGACUGCACCGUGGGUUACAUCAUCGAGGCCCUGCUGGAGGUUCCACUGAUGCACACGUGGCUUUUCCACUCACACCUGGAGAACCUGCAGAGGCUGCCUACCGCUGACAUCCUCCGACAGGUCACCCUCAGCUAUGGUGGCGUUGAGAACAGGAGAAAUGUGGUUAGCAUUGGUGGAGACUUCUCCUUGACUGAGGACCCUUCACGGUUUAAAACAGUCCACUGCCUCCUUUACCCUGAAACCCACUGGUGUCCUCGCAAUAUUCGUAACUGAUCUCAAAAUGUGUUUUGGAUGUGCAUUGAAGGCUGUCUCGAUCUCACUUUCUCUUCUGAACUCUAUUCCAAAAACCUAUGGUCAGCUGCCUAUCUGCCAUGACAUUAAAAACUAUUGCAUUUUGUAUCUAAUGUACAGAAAAACUGUGCUGUAGCAUUGUAUUUUUACUUUUUUUAAAUGUAUAUGUUUUCUUAUCAGGUAAAACAGGGUGACAGUAAUUUUAUUUAUUUUUCCCUAAAACAUUUCUUUGGCAUGAGGAUUAUGAGCAAUACCAAGAAAUGUGUACAGUCUAUGAGUCUGUGUAGGGUAAAAAAAAAAAAAAAAAAAAGUAUUCUUCUGCAAUAUUCAUGUUGCAAUGUUUUGGCUGUCACCAUUUUAGGCCCCACCAAAGGUGAAUACAUCUAUCUCAAGGCUUUAAAUUGGGCUGAAGUGAGCAGUCCUCAUUAUGUAGUCACAUAUAUCAGUUCAGUCUGUACUGGGGUUUCCUGGGGUUGUUUUUAAGCAUUGGCAUCAGUUUCAAAGUUAAAGGAUGGGAAAUGAUGCCAUAUUCCAAAGUCUGUCAAAAUCUUACUUUGUCUAAUGUUUCCAUGACUCAAACAUAAUCCCACAUUUCAGGUAAUCUCUUCAUCAUUAAGAGAAGGAGAUGAGGAGAAAACGGCUAACAGUUUAAGGGUGAAUCAAUUCCAUGAGGUACUGAAGCCAGGAAUUGAAAGCUAAGGUUAAGAAAUAUAGAUAUUUAGUGUAGAAUGGGCACUUGAUUGUGAUAUUAAGGAAGGAAGGCCUGUGAGUCCAAAUGUGGAGUCAGAUGCUUUUAGCUGAAAAUGAAAAGCCUGUACCAAAGUCAGUCACAAUGAGUUUUUAAAUAAUGGAAAGCAAGUGUACUUGGAAUGUGUAACUGUUAGCUUUUGUCUGUCAGAAAGUUACUGCACUAAGAUAACCCUUUUAACAUUAAAAACAUUUCAGAAAGAUAUGCCAGAAAGGUCCUUGAUUGUUUGGUGUAUCUCAUAUAUAUAAAAUUUGCUUCUCACUGCAGGUCAGUGGCUCAAAUAAAUGCGCUGAGGCUUCACAAGAGUUGACAGUGAUCGAACUUUUGGUAGUAUGUACACUCACUAUGCUCUUACAGCAUGUGUUAACAGAAAUGGAGCUUGUGGAAAGGUUCUGCCAAAUACUGUUUCUAUUUGACUCUUUCUGUCUUCUGUCUUUACCUUGUGAAUAAAUCAUUUUGCAGAUCUC